CCGUAUCUCCCCUCUAGCUAAUAUCCAACGUUUUCUCCCAGCCAUUCACUGUUGGCUACAACUUCAUUUGACCUGUCUCCCAUUUACACCUUUUGACCUGACGUGCAGGCACUUACACAAGCCAUGACCUCCAGCCACACGUCCUACUCAAGUUGGGCUCAGAGCGGAGCCCCGUCUGCUCGUAGGCCCCCAGAAGACUGGAUCUUGCUGAACCGGGACAGCACCUGGGAGGCUGUAAUGUUCGAUGACGCUGGCUGCGAGACUGUGAUCGACCGCUGCCCAACGCUGAGCAACCAGACAUGGGAGGGAUACGUGCGAAAAUUUGACAACUCGAGGCUGAGGAGUGUGUGCAAGAACUACAUGGAUCGGAGGGUCUUUCUGCGGAAUGCCAUCAACAGUCUGUGGCCAAAGUUGCGCUCAUAUGACGACACGGGCCUGGUCAACUGCCACCAGCACGCAUACGACACCUUGCAGAGACUUUGUAACCACCAACUGACUCUGUUCCUGUCUGGCUCAGCGGGCAGGAUGAAGCGUAGCCUCGUGAAAGCUAUCUUAGGGAUUGAUACGCAGCACUGUCCUUUCAGUGACAAGGUAACGGUACGUUAUCGCAACAACGAUGCUGGGCAAGUGUUGGAGAAUGAGUUUGUUGUAUUUGUACAUUUUCGACAAGACCUGACUGAAGAAGAGAUCUCGGAUAACUCGCUGCAUCCUUCCAUUCGGGAGCACCUGCGCAUCAAUGGAGCCUCGUUCCCCUUUCGCAGCAACAGCAAGAAGGAGUUGGUGGAGGUGCUGGGCCACCACAACGAGCCCAUGGACUGCUCGUGGGAGGACAUCCGCUCGUCAACGCUUGCGCUGGUUGACAGCCUUGAGGUGUUCCUUGGAGGGGCCUCAGCGCUGGUAGACGGUCUUGAGAUUGUUGAUGGGCCGACGGUGAAGGAGGUGGACAUCGUUGCCACGGCCUUGAAGAGGCAGGCGGACGGGAUCGUGUUCGUGGUGAACGCAGACGAGGGCUUCGAUUGGUGGCCUGUCAGACAAGCUCUGCAGUACCUGCCCGAGGGAUCUGUCUUCAUCGUCGUCGUCAGCGACGGGACCGAGGAUGCCGAGGUCUUCUCCGAGGCCCGAGCCAAGGCUGCUGAGCUGAAAGCUCCCAUCUUCUGUGUACCUGGCGUGAACAACCGUCGAGCCGUGCUGGAUCGAACAAUCUCGCAAAUGAAGGCUCUGGAGGGAGGGCUUGCUUCGUUUCUCGAGCGUCAUGCGCAUGCGAGGUCACAAGACAUGAUCCGUCUUGCGUCCAGAUUCGUCAAGUUCUUGUAUGACCAAGUGGAGAGGACGGGAGCUCUGCUCGAAAGGCAGCCGACGGAGGUGCUGAGUUGGAGCUGGUCGCGGGAAGCUGACGAGGUUGUGGCGCUGCAGGUGAGGUCGCUGCAGGAGUCUUGUCUGCCGAGGCUCUUGGAGCUCCAAGACCAGCACGAGAAGACUCUCCGACAAGUUCGCCUGGACUACAGCCGCCAGCGCGAUGAGGUUAGGCAGCUCGCAGAGGAUCACUUCAGGGGGUUGGCGGAUAAAGUCCCCGAGCUCGCCAUGCAUGCGCAAGUUAGUCAACGAGUCGGGCUGACUGGAGCUUUCUCCGCUACCACCCGGUGCGAGUUUGCUCACCAUGUGGAGCAAUACCUGCGGUGCAAGCUCGAGGAGAUCUCGGAACGAUGGACGAUGGACAUCCUGCUUCCUCAAGUCGAGAAGAAGUCAUCGGAAGUCGAGCGCCACCUGGGCAAGCAGGCGCAUCUUCAGAUCACUGAGAUGGAGGACAUCGUAGCUGCGGUUUGGGGAGCUGCAGGGCAAAGAGACGCCCUACAGCACGCCCGCGAGAAGCCGAACAGAAUCUCCGCUAUCUCCUCUGCACUUCCUUUCUUCAGUACCAGGCUGAUCUCUUACUGGGGAGUAACCAAUGGCUUCCGCUCGCUCAUUGCGGUCAUGUGCUGCAACUUGAUGGCGUCAUACGCGUAUGCGUUCAUGGGAGCGCUAGGAGCAGCAGCGAGUUCUUGGCUGGCAAUCAGAAGCGCUGGGCAUGAGACGGAGAAGCAGAUAAAGCAGCUCAUUGGCGACGAGAUUGCCAAGGCCCUAAGGGAGCGCGCGCAUGAAUGUGCGGAGAGCGUCGCAGAUAUCAGCAUGCAGCCUUGCAAGGAAGCCGUGGACAGGUUCGAGGUCAGCUUUGCUCUCGAGCUCCAGGAGCACCGAGCGGCGAUCGACAUGGCGGCGAUGCUCCUCGACUCUGCCAGCGAUGCUCGAGCAGCUCGAGUUAAGAGGUGCUCCUCGUUCCUUGAUUUCUUGCGCGAGGCCCAGAGGCAGAUCUCCGAGCGACAGUACGAACUCUUCCAAGGCGUCACCCCCCGCCAGUAGUGAGAAAGUUAUGGUGAAACCCUAGUGGAUUAGGAAGAGUCAGCGGUACCAUGAGAGCAUGAAGCAGCAGCGAGACUG